CUGCGACCUCACUACCAGUCAGCUACUGAGAUGCUGUCAACCGAUCUGAGGAAGAAAGUGAUCUGAGUUUUGGGAGAUAUGGCGUCUGAUGAUGAGCUGAGUCUCCUGGUGAUUGUGGUGGAUGUCAAUCCCAUUUGGUGGGGGCAGCAGGCACAAAAGGAACCCGAAUUCACGCUGUCAAAGUGCAUGGACGCUGUGAUGGUAAUGAGCAACACUCAUCUGGUCAUGACCCGAAGCAACAAACUGGCAAUCAUCGCCAGCCACUGUCAGGAAAGUCAUUUUUUAUACCCUAGUAAGCACUGGAAAGCUGGUGAUUUUGCUGGUGAUGAGUCUUCGUGUGGCAGCAGGGAUGGGAAAUAUGAACUCCUAACUGUGGGGAAUGAUCUCAUCACUGAAGAGAUUAAAAACCUCAUGGAAAGAACUGAAGUGAGGGGCCAUCAAACAGAGACGUUGCUGGCUGGAUCUCUUGCAAAAGCGCUUUGCUAUAUCCACAGGGUCACAAAGGAGCUAGAAGCUGGACAAGAAAUGAAAUCAAGAAUUCUGGUCAUCAAGGCUGCAGGCGAUUCUGCUUUACAAUACAUGAAUUUCAUGAAUGUGAUCUUUGCAGCACAAAAGCAGAGCAUAUUAAUAGAUGCCUGUGUUUUAGAUGCUGACUCUGGACUUCUGCAGCAGGCAUGUGACAUAACUGGAGGGUUAUAUCUGAAAGUACCACAGAAGAUAGCUCUGGCACAGUAUUUGCUGUGGGUUUUUCUUCCUGAUACUGAUCAGAGGUCCCAGCUCGUUCUUCCACCGCCAGUGCAUGUAGACUACAGGGCAGCUUGCUUCUGCCAUCGAAACCUCAUUGAGAUCGGAUACGUGUGUUCAGUCUGCUUAUCAAGUAGGUGUCGGACACAUCAAUGCAAAAUGUUCACCCCCCCCAAAAUAAGAUAUGAAUUAUCUACAUUUUGGGUCAGGGUUAUUUUACUUUGGUUUGGUUGCAGGAGGCCGGUUGAGUUUUCAGCCAGUAACUAUGGACAGUCAGUACCGAUCCCGGUUCCGACUCAGAUUCACAACUACCAGCGCAUCGAGCAGAACCUGCAUUGCCCCAGCCAGCACGUCUCCCCCAGAUCCGGACCACCAGUGCGAAAGUCCAGCAGUGCUAGCCCCUUGGGAUUCGGGAGGAGCGGGACCUCGCCACCCAUCCCAGGAGAUCACGGGACAGCCUUCAGCUCCCGCAGACUCUCAGCUGGAGGCUCCAAACCGUAUCAGCCGUCCCCUCAAGUUGGCACCAUCCCGGAGGUGCCUGGCCAGACCUUUCCCCUGGGAUCAGAGACUCGGAGUAGGCUACAGGGUGGAGGCCUGACAGUACCAGAGCACCUGCCUCAGCACGGCAUGGGCUCCCGGCUUCACAGCGCCCCCAACUUGUUGGAGAGUGGUGCAAACUCCUGCAGGCAGAAGAUAAAGAAGCAGCACUCGGACCCUGUAGUGCACCGGCAGUGCAGCCAGCCCCAGCAGGUCCCCUCACUGCAGUCCGGCCGCCAGCUGCGCUCCUCUCCCAAACUCUCUGAACUCGUGCACAGGAGUCCCCUGCCAACCAUCCUGGGCUCCCCCACCAAGGCCAUGCCUCCGUUUGAGUUCCCCAAACCCACCAGCUCCCAGAACCUGGUCACCUUACUGGCCCAGCAGGGCCUGGUCCUCACCCCGACACGCAACAGAACCAUCCCGGAUCUGAAGGAGUUGGGCCAGCCUUUCUGCCAGCAGACCGGCCCAUGCAUGAGGCCCGUGGAGGAGAACAAAGGAGCCUUUGGCAGGUCUCUCUCUGCGGGGAAGCUGUCUGAAAUGAUGUUGAAAGCAGCCUUCGGUGGGCAGGUGCUGGAUGGUGGCAGCCGCGAGAGUCUGAACACAGAGAGGCCGAUGGAUACAACAGCACCCCCUAGUGGAGAUGGUGCAGACCUGCACUCUGGUGCGAUGGUGGUGGGAUCUGGCUGCCCGGCUCCUGUGGUGUUCACUGUGGGGUCCCCUCCCAGCGGCAGCACCCCUCCACAGACAAACAGGACCAGAAUGUUCUCAGUUGGCUCCUCUAGCUCUUUGAGUUCAGGAGGGUCCUUCAGUGGCAGACAGUUCCUGACAGGCACAUGUGCAGAUGGCUGUGAGGGUCCUUCCGGUCUCCGGUAUGGCUUCAGUGACCCUGUGGCGGCCAGUCUAGAGGGUGCGGUGACCUUCGAAGCCCCGGAGCUUCCUGAGGAGACCCUGAUGGAGCAGGAACACACAGAGACUCUGAGGAGCCUGCGCUUCACGCUGGCCUUCGUUCAGUGCGUGAUGGAGAUCGCUGCCACCAAGGGCAUGGUCAUGGAGGGGGGCAGCUCGGUGACAUCAUCCUUCCAGUUGCAGGAGAGCAUGGUGGCUGACCAGAUCAGCCUCCUGAGCAGGGAGUGGAGUUACGCAGAGCAGCUGGUCCUGUAUAUGAAGACCACAGAGCUUCUCUCUGCCUCUCUGCACACAGCCAUGGAAAGCAUCAAACAAGGAAAGCUCUGUCCCUCCACCACUGUCAAGCAAGUGGUAAAGAAGCUGAACGAGCUGUACAAGUCGAGCGUGUCAUCCUGCCGCUCCCUCAGCGCCCGCCUGCAGAGGUUCUUCUACGACAAGCAGAAGCUGAUGGAUCGGAUCAACAGCAUCACCGCAGAUAAGCUCAUCUACAACCACACCGUCCACAUGAUUCAGUCAGCUGCUCUGGAUGAGAUGUUCCACCAUGGCGAGGCGUCGGUACAGAGAUACCACAAGGCUCUGCUGUUGAUGGAGGGGCUGUCUCUCAUCAUUAAUGAGCAGGCCGAUGUGGAAAACAUCAGCAAAUGCAAGCUGUGUAUUGAAAGAAGACUUUCUGCACUGCAGUCAGGACUCUGUGCUUGAUGACUUCCUGCACCACUGACCAGAACAUUUUGUACAACCUUUGGCCCCAGCUACGUGCCUGCCACAGGACACAAGGCAAUCUCUCCUCUCUCUCUCUGUCAACUACUUCUCGCUGUCUUUCUCUUCAAGCUUGCUUUUUCUCCAAGCUGGUUUUGAUGUCAAUACAAUCCUCUUCUGCGUGUUGGAGACGAAAUCACUUUGACCUGUUCUUUCGGAAAGGGCACAACCUCCUCAGAGAUUUGCCUACCUGAGCAGCUUGGAAGUUGGGCUUCGUCAAAGGAAGAAAGUGGUGCUGAUUUGCAGCCCUGUGCAUGAAGGCCCCACAGCUGAUGUUCUGUUUCCAUGUCGACAGCACUGACCAUUACCAAUAAAUACAUAAUAUAAAGGUUUAGCGUAGAGUGUUAACUGGUAAAGCAGCGGACAUGAAAACAGACGUGGGGGUUGGGGUACUUCUAACAGAAUUUUAAGAAGAUACUCAAGAAGGCUACUCUUCUCAGCUUUAUUUCCUGUCUCUCAGUGGAACUGUAGUGAAUAUAUCAUGAACAUCCUCAACCAAAGCGUGGAUUUGCUGCCAGAGUUUAAAUGCUGCCAGCAUUUAAUACGUUUUAAACAAAAGGCCAGUUACUGGAUGAGAGACCAAUUAGUACACUGACGUUCUGUCUGUGUCAGGCUGUCUGGCUCUCUUUCACUUUUUUUUUUUUGUGGUUGUUCUAUAUCAAACGCUGCCCUGAAGCACUUCUAACACUUUUUCCUCUCUACACUACUGUGUUGGGAGUCCAGCUAGUUUGAGUUUCUGACUUGAAAGAAACGGUUAUGUUGAAAGCCGCUGUUGGGACUGUUUCCUGUUGGAAGGGUUGGGAGGCUUUUGUUUGCUUCUCUUAGUUGUGUUUUUU